UACCAGCUACUUCCUUGUAAGGAAACCAAACUGCGCAACAAGCAGACUGGUCUGCCACUGUGAUUACACAGGACCUGUAGAGGGGUCCAUCUCAAUUGCCAGGAACGGAGCUGUGUAACCAAGAGUGACCAGCAUGUCAGUGACUGUGACCAAAGGCGAAGGGGUGACUGUGUUCACCGUGAACUCUAAAGAAGGAAGCAGUUGGCCCCUGCUGUGUCAAAUACUUGGGACCCUGUGCUACAGCCCAGCAUGCUCUGUGUCCCAGGGAUUGAGGAGGCUCCAAGCAAGUUCCCAGUCAGCUCUGGGGACUAUACAGAUCAUGGUGGGAGUACUCAACAUUGGCUUGGGAGCGAUCCUUGUUAGCACUGAUUAUUCUGGCCUACUGCGAUGGAAUGGGACCCCUUAUUGGCUUGGUGGUGUGUUUAUAGCAGUUGGCAUCAUGUGUAUCUUGGCUGAGAAGUUCCCCAGUCCCUGCUUGGUGGGCAUCAAUGUGUUAAUGAACCUGUCAGGUGCUGCUCUGGCCAUUACUGGGAUUGUGCUGUAUUCUGUAGACCUAGCAAACAACCAUUUCUGGUGGAUUUGCAAUGAGGACAACUACAACUGGCGAGAUGAAUACUAUAGCGGCCAGGUGACAAAACCACCCAAUGAUCAGCAGAGGGAUAGACUCUUGGAGAAAUGCAAAGAUGCCAAGCAGAUUGCACAGAUGUUGAUGAAUGCCUUGGACAUCGUGCUCAUCGUCCUUGCAGUCCUUCAGCUUUGUGUUACCAUCAGCUCUGCUGUCUUGGGUCUCAAGGCUUUGCACAAGAAUGGAAAGGAGGGAAAACAGAACAUCCAGGACCUGGAGCAGUACAAGCCUCUGCUGGAGGAGGUCACCACUAACCCUGCAGCUUAAAGACAGCACUGAUCUGAUAUACUUUAUUGUCUCAGAGGGGAAAUUUGUCAUGGACGAUUAAAGAGUGCUGCUGCUUCCACAUGGAAUACAUAAAUACAUAGAAUCAAAUGUAUUCAACAUACAUAGAAUAACAUCAUCAUCAUACACCCCCGCCACACCCACAAAUGUUUUUUUUAUAUACACACAGUAUGUAGUACAUGUAGUUUACUUACUUCCUUAAUUUACUGUAAAGCCUACUGUGACUUGCUUUGUUUAAAUGAUAACUGACACUGAUUGUAUGUCUUCAUGCAGUUUUAGUCAUGUUUUUUGUAUUUGUCAUUUUUUAAAAACUGGACAGUUAUAAAGGGGAAUAUAUCAAGUUAAUUACUGAAUUGACUGUUGUAUAUGAUUUUUUUUGUUGGAGUAUUUCAAUAUUUCCUUACCUUAUCUUUUAUUCUGUUCCCCCCAAAAAAUAAACAAACUGUCUUAGCUCA